AUGGACAGUGGACAGUGGACGGCUCCUUCUCCAGCGGCUUUGCUGGGUGACGCAGUCUCCGCACCACCACCAUCGCCUUCUCGCCCGCGGCAUGCAGAUGCAGAUGCAGACGCAGAUGCAGAGUGCCAUGGCGACGAGAGCCUGCACUUGAUCGCGCUCGCUCGUCUGGCCCAGCCAUGCCUGCCACCUGCUGCAGCCCCAGAUUAG